UUUGCCUCCCUCCCCCCUCUCGGUGUGUUGCUAUUCCACCUGACGUCAGAAGAACAGCGAGUAUAUAAAAGAAGACAGCCGAGGAUCUGGAUUCAUUCAUAAAGAGAGCGGCAGCACCGAGGAACUACUACAGCGGCAGUGGCAGUGCGUUUUAUUUCCACUCAGACUACACAUAGAAUAGAAAGGGGAAACAAAAGCCCAGAAACUGGAUCCGAGGGGCGACAAAUCCUGGGUCAUCACCGACUGGGAGGACAUGUACCAGGGAUUCUCAGGCGACUUUGACUCGGCUUCCCGCUGCAGUUCCUCCCCUUCGGAGCCUCAGUACCUGUCAUCCGUGGACUCCUUCAGCCAGAGCGUGGGCAGUCCGACCACCACAGCCCAGGAGUGUACCACGGGAGUCGGAGAAAUGCCAGGAUCAUUUGUCCCCACACUGACGGCAAUCACCACCAGCCAGGAUCUCCAGUGGAUGGUCCAACCCACCGUCAUCUCGUCGGCGGCUCAGUCUCAGGCUCAGGCUCAACUUCCAGCUCUCCCCCAGCCCAGCAUCGAUCCUUACAACCUUCCCGGGACCAGCUAUUCCACCGGCGGCAUGUGCCCCUAUAGCAGGGGCGAGCCGUCCAAACCCACACGGUCCAGCCGCCCCCGGAGAGCACGGGAUGAAACGCUCACGGCCGAGGAGGAGGAGAAGAGACGCGUUCGCCGGGAGAGGAACAAACUGGCCGCCGCCAAGUGCCGGAACCGGCGCCGGGAGCUGACUGACCGCCUGCAGAGUGAGACGGACCAGCUGGAGGAGGAGAAGGCCGAGCUGCAGUCGCAGAUCGCGGAGCUGCACAAGGAGAAGGAGCGGCUGGAGUUCGUGCUGGUGGCGCACCGGCCGGCCUGCAAGAUCCCGUUCGAGGAGCCGGUCAGCCCCCAAGGGGCGUCCGUCACUGCCGAGGUGAGCUCUCUGCCGCCGCCUAACGCGCUUGUGGAAGCGAAGGAACCGCCUUUCACCGGGAGCUACCCACUAGAGGUACCGCUGGCUGGCAGCUCUUUCUAUCCGCCCUGUGAGCCACCCCACUCGGCCUAUUUGAAUGCCAGUAGCCCCAACUCCUCAUACACAUCUUCAUUUGUGUUCACCUACCCAGAGGGAAGCAGCUGCGGCCUCCUGCACCAGCGGAACAGUAGCAGUGACCAGUCCACGGACUCUCUGAACUCGCCGUCGUUACUGGCUCUUUAAAAACAAACACACUCUCUCUCUCAAAAACAAAAACCUGCUUUUAAAAAAGAUUCUCCCCCCCCCCACCCCCCAAAGACUUGUCGGCACCCUCCCACCUU